CGCCUCGGCAGCACCCAGCAGAACGGACGUGCAUGAUGCUCAUCAAAGCCCGAUGGUACCAGCACAACAAGCACCACUGUUCAGCUCGAACCUCUCUGCGGCCUCGCUCAUGUCAUCUCAUUGAGCAGACUUCCACCCCCAUAACGGUGCUUUUUAUUUGUCUCAAAAGCUUUUACGGCCUCGGCGAGGGUGAACGUCACCACGUUUUUGUGGCUUGUCACUUCCGGGGGAGCCGCGGGGUGAAUUAGCCGAUCACCGGUGAUCCAAGUUGGGCGUCUUCGAUGCUCCGUGCGGGCAGGAUGGAGGAGUUUGUUACGGAGGAAGAGGAACCAUGGUACGACCAGCGUGACUUGAAGCAAGACUUACACUUGGCAGCGGAGCUCGGCAAAACCCUCCUGGAGCGUAACAAGGAGCUGGAGGAUUCCCUUCAGCAGAUGUACAUCAACAAUGAGGAUCAAGUGCAUGAGAUAGAGUAUCUGUCCAAGCAACUGGAGAUGUUACGCGAGAUGAACGAGCAGCACGCCAAGGUUUAUGAACAGCUGGACGUGACCGCCAGAGAGUUGGAGAUCACUAAUGAGAAGCUGGUUUUGGAGAGCAAGGCCUCGCAGCAGAAAAUAGACAGGUUGACGGGCACCGUGGAGACCUUGCAAGGUCAGGUGGACUGUUUGACCGCCCGGGUGGAGGAACUGCGAACUUUGGAUGAGCUCAGGGUCCUCCGAGAGAAGAGGGAACGCCGCAAGACGGUCCAUUCGUUUCCCUGCCUCAAAGAACUCUGCACUGCUCCAAGGUAUGAGGACGGUUUCCUGUUGGCCAACCCCGGUAGUGUGGACCUCACAGAGCGGCCUGCGGCAGAGGAGGAGAACGAGCGCCUGAGGGACAUCGUGACGUCGCUGCGUUCGGCCAUGGCGGCCGAGCGCUCCAAAAGGGAGUGUGCAGAGCGGGAAUGCGCCGCCGUGCUGCAGGAGUUCGACCGUAUUGAGCAGCGUCUGCUCGGAGCCGAGGGCUGCCAGCUGCGGGUUCGGGAGCUGGAGGCUGAGCUCCAGGAGAUGCAGCUCCUGAGGAAGUCCAGGGCGUGUCUGACGGAGGAGGGCAUAGAAACGUUGCUCGCCAACUGCCCCGAGACUGACGCGCCGGACGAAGCAGUCGCCCUGGACGCGGGAGGAGAUGUUGGGUCCGGCGAUUCGGGAGGCCCGGUGAGGAAGAGCUGCAGUGACACGGCCCUGAACAUCGUCACGGUCCGCGACCCGCCGGGUAGGCGCCAGUCGGGGCGCAAACGGGGGAUGUCUAUCCUGAGCGAGGUGGAUGAGCAGUACCACGCCCUGCUGGAGAAGUACGAGGAGCUGCUGGGAAAGUGCCGGCGCGACGAGGAGAGCCUUCGCCACGCCGAGGUGCAGACGUCACGGCCCGUCUCCAGGGACCCUUCCUUGAAAGAGUAUAGCAUAGCCUCUUCGGGGGCCGCCGCCGCAUUUGUCAGCUCCCCUCCGACUCCUCCGGACGCCCCGUCCACACCGGAGGCAUUGGAAGGCAUCAGUAGGCAGGUGGAGCAAGUGGACAAACGUCUCAGCCAAAACACGCCUGAGUACAAAGCGCUCUUCAAAGAGAUCUUCUCUCGUUUGCAGAAGACCAAGAGUGACGUGAGCGCCACCAAGGGCAGAAAAGGUGGCAAGUGAGCACCUUUGCGCAACUUGCAUUCAUUUUCUACUGCACGUGACCUUAUUUGGGUCACGGAGAGGCUUAGUACACCGCGGAAUGGUCGUCAGCCAGAUAAUUUUGUCUUCAAUGAAAAUCAUAAAUUUUGAAAUAUUGGCAAUUGCAUUCAAAAUAACUAAUUGGCUGCCAUUGAGGCGGCUAUAGACGUCCAGUCCAUUUGAACUGGGCAGCGAUUGAACAUUCGUUCGCUACCACCCCUCCCAGUUCAAAUGGAUUGCACAUUUACCAGUGAUAAACUCAGUAAAAGUCUUAAGUGCUCCCUCAUGAAAAAGUCGAUGAUGCCCAAUAAGCUUCAUUUCCCCCCCCUACUGUUAUCGUGAGUGAAUAGUUAUCAAAGUUCAGAAUGCUUGUCAUUGAAUUUAUGUGAUAUGAAGCAAAUGAAACAAGAUUCUAUGGUGAUUAUGAUUAAACGACUGAUUUGUGCAAGAUAAAGUUAUGGACUUUUUUUUUGGUUUUUGUAUUCAGAGUAGGACUCGAUAUAAAAUUAGAGGCUUUAGAAUCUAGAUUAAUCACAUUAUAUUCACAUCGCAAUAUUCGUCCCAAAAAGCGUGUAAUUCAUAUAUAUAAUUAAUUUUUUGUGUGAAAGGAUUUUAAUUUGGAGUUAUUGCCUUUCAAUACAAAACAGUUGAAAAACAAUUACCUCGGCAAAAACCUAAAAGACCGGAAACCUGAAGUUUAAUUUUAAGACAUCGAAACGUUGAAAAAAAUAAAUAGAAGGGACGUCCUGAUCUCGCCAUUCUUCAGAGGAUCGGAAUUGGGCGAGAAGGAUCGGGUUUUUGAUUUAAAAAAUACAUGAUUUUCUGCUUCAGACUCGUACAGCCUUUCACUCUCCCUCCUGCUGCUUUUUUUGGUCGGGAGAGCAGCUGGAGUUUGUUAAAGUUAACGAUGAUUGACAGGUUUGUAGCUUAGAUCUGGUUGAAAAGCUCUGUAGCUCUACGAUCAAAGGCUCGAAUGUGUCAAUCAUCGUUUAGUCAAUCUUCAUUGUCUAGAGUCUUGUCGGCAGCGUGAGCAUCAAAGCGUGACUUUGAGUGAACUCCUAUGAAUUACUGUAAUUUUCAGACUAUAAGGCGCACCUGACUAAUCCGCACCCACAAAUGUUGACAAAAAAACUGCAUUUCUUCAUAGAUAAUUCACCCCGGACUAUAAGUCGCAGCUGUCCACACUGUAUUAUGUGAUAUUUAUACAAAAAAAUAUUAACCGGUAACACUUUAUUGGACAGUGGCAUCAUAAGACGGUCAUGAGACCAAAUGAACCACCAUCAUUGCUUCAACAAGCUUCAUUUGGCCAUCACUGAUCUCUUCAGCGAGACAGUCAACCUCUGCUGUCACCUGCUAUUAACACUGUUGUCGUCCAAAAUGCCUCCUAGGAUGCAUUGCAGCGCUACAGAUGUAAAUAACAAUCAAAAUUCAUGUUCUGUGCUAAUUAUUUCUACAGUUACUGUUCCAGUUGUUUCAUUAAUUGUUAUAGUAUUUGGUAACAAUUUGACAGUGGCGCUGUCAAGACUGUCAUAAUUAUGUCAUGACACUGCCAUGUGCAUUAAUAAAUGCUUAUGACAGCUAUAAUUUUGUGUCAUCCAGCAAAUUAUCUCACUUUUGAAUGGAUGUAAAAGACCCGAGUUGGACAUAAUUUGCCGAAUGACAAUGACAUCUGUCAUAUGCAUUAAUUAAUGCAUAUGAUAGUGUCAUGUCAUAAUUAUGACUGUCGUAUGGCAGACGCCGCUGUCAAAGUGUUACCUAAUAACCCAAUAAUUUAACAACUAAACUGCACUGGACUAUAAUUCACAGGAUUCAAAAUGAGGGGAAAAAGUAGAGGUUUAUGGUCUGAAAUUACGGUAUUUGAAAUUUACUGAGAUUUAUUACACACAGCUGAAGUAGUUCAAGCCUUUUAUUGUUUUAAUAUUGAUGAUUGUGGCAAAAAAGUCAAGAAAAAACAAAAAUCGCUAUGUCAAAAAAUUAGCAUAUUUCAUCCGACCAACACAAAAAGUGUUUUUAAUACAAAAAAAAGUCAACCUUCAAUUAAUUAUAUCAGCUAUGCACUCAAUACUUGGUCGGGAAUCCUUUCGCAGAAAUGACUGCUUCAAUGAGGCGUGGCAUGGAGGCAAUCAGCCUGUGGCACUUCUGAGGCGUUAUGGAGGUCCAGGAUGCAUCGAUAGCGGCCUUGAGGUCAUCCACAGUGUUGGGUCUGGUGUCUCUCAACUUCCUUUUCACAAUAUCCCACAGAUUUUCUAUGGGGUUCAGGUCAGGAGAGUUGGCAGGCCAAUUGAGCACAGUACUGCCAUAGUCAGUAAACCAUUUACCAGUGGUUUUGGCACUGUGAGCAGGUGCCAGAUUGUGCUGAAAAAUGAAAUCUUCAUCUCCAUAACGCUUUUCAGCAGAUGGAAGCACGAAGUGCUCCAAAAUCUCCUGAUAGCUACCUGCAUUGACCCUGCCCUUGAUAAAACAGACCAGGGUUCACUAAAUCCGGACCCUACAGUAGACCAACACCAGCAGCUGACAUGGCACCCCAGACCAUCACUGACUGUGGGUACUUGACACUGGACUUCAGGCAUUUUGGCAUUUCCUUCUCCUCAGUCUUCCUCCAAACUCUGGCACCUUGAUUUCCGAAUGACAUGCAAAAUUUGCUUUCAUCUGAAAAAAGUACUUUGGACCACUGGGCAACAGUCCAGUAUUGCUUCUCUGUAGCCCAGGUCAGGUGCUUCUGCCACUGUUUCAGGUUCAAAAGUGCCUUGACCUGGGGAAUGCGGCACCUGUAGCCCAUUUCCAGCACACGCCUGUGCACGGUGGCUCUAGAUGUUUCUACUCUAGAUUCAGUCCACUGUUUCUGCAGGUCCCCCAAGGUCUGGAAUCGCCCCUUCUCCACAAUCUUUCUCAGUGUGUGGUCACCUCUUCUGGUUGUGCAGCAUUUCCUUCCACACUUUUUCCUUCCCACUUAGGCGCCUUGAUACAGCACUCUGGGAACAGCCUAUUCACUAAGAAAUUUCUGUGUCUUAGCUUCUUGCUUGAGGGUGUCAAUGAUGGCCUUCUGGACAGCAGUCAGGUCGGCAGUUUUGCCCAUGAUUGCGGUUAUGAGUAAUGAACCAGGCUAGGAGUUUUAAAAGUCUCAGGAAUCUUUCGCAGGGGUUUUGAGUUAAUUCGAUGAUUCAGAGGAUUAGGUUAGUAGCUUCUUAAGAGUACCUUUUCAUUAUAUAAUUUUUUGAGAUAGGGAUUUGUUUUUUCUGGACUUUUUUGCCAUAAUCAUCAAUAUUAAAACAAUAUAAGGCUUGAACUACUUCAGUUGUGUGUAAUGAAUCUAAAAUAUAUGAAAGUAAUGUUUAUCAGUACAUUACAGAAUAUAAUGAACUUUAUCACAAUAAGUUUAGUUUUUGAGAAGGACCAGUAUUGUGCUGGUGCACCUAAAGAAAAAAAGUUAGGCGCACCAGUGCAACCAAUGUAAAAAGUAAAGGACAAAUUAUACCGGAUGCGUGUGAGGUACGGAUCUGCCAAUCUCCGUGUUGACUGCGUGCGCCGCAGCACGUCAACAAUAGAGCAAAACAUGCCGACUUCGCACAACUGUGGUUCGGCAGCUCCGUCCCGUCGUGAGAUCUUGCGAUAAUGUGGCAUUAAAAAUGACAAACUGUACUUAACAGAGAAGCAGAGAGAGAGAGACUUGAUUUGAAAGAACAUUUUUCCGCAAUUUUUUUUUGCUUUUACCAUGGGUUUGUGACACACCGACCAAGUCAACAACCCGUUCUCUACUAUUUAUUUACGGUUUUAAAUGACAUAACUUGCAUAACUCUCCGUCCACCCUCACAGCUUCUGCUAAGGCGCUCCAUGUAGAUUCCUUUUUGAAGUUGUCCUCACAAAAUGGAUCUGCAGUAUCGUAAAUCACUUUGAGACUUUCGACCUCCAUUAUGAAUUGUUCAUCGUCCAUGUUCGCUGGUGUUUAAACCGUAAAUAAGCACCUGGCCUGUGUACUCAAGGCCCGGGUCCGCCCAUUUUGACAGAUGAGUCUCCGGUAAAAAUGGAAAAUAGCCCAAACCAUCCGGCGGCAGAGCUUUUCUGUAGCGCAUAUGCAGCCGGUAUAAUUUGAACAACAUAGAAUGGAAACUGAUUGGCUCCACCGUUUUAUCUUGGCGGAUGUAAAAUUCUCUUAAAUAGGUGGAUUUAAAUAAGCUUUUAAUCUGGCUUCUCCCUUAUGUGUUUGUUUAAAUGAUGCCAACCUUUGCCCGCCAUGACUGCCAAACUGUACUGCCUUUGUCUCACUAGCAUGUGUUGAAAUAAUUUUGUUGACUUCAUUAAAAAGGAAAGCGAUGACUGUUCUCAGUUCCUUGAAAUAAAAAAAGGACACGUGGAAAUUUUAACAUUUUAAUUUCAUCACAGGAGCUCGUUACAACAAUGGGCAGCAUGUAGCGCGCACCGAUUCAAACCCAACCCAAACACCAGGAAGAUUUGAAUGAAGCUGCAGCCUCAGUCACAGUAAGAAAAAUACGACACUAUAUGGGACUCUUCAUCCCCACAUUUGUGAUGGUAGAUAAGAUGCCACUUGGGAGCAUGUGCGUGUAUGCAUUCAGAAAGCUUACGAGCAUAUUUGCCUUAAAACAUGCAUGAGUAAAAAAAAAAAAAAAAAAAAAUUAAGACUUUCCAGGUUGAAUUAAAACCUGAAGGCAAAAGGUCUUAAUCUUUCCUGAUGGUCCAUGUUAAAAGGCAAUAGGCUGCAAUAAAAGAAAAUGAGAAGGAUGAAACAACUUUUUCUGCUCAGAAACGACUGGGGAGGGAAAAUAAAGAGGUGACCUGAAUUCGAAAUAUUCUACCAAGUCGACAAAUCUGCUCAAAGGCUUUAGAAGGGCUGUGUCCAAGAACGAUGUAAAGUAAUCAUGCAGCUGCCCCACACACUCAAUACAUACAGCACUGCUCCUGUAGUUUCCCAAGGCAGACAUGGUGAUCAUUAAAAAAAACCUGACAAACAGAAGUAUGAAAAGCAGAACAAGACAAGGA